GGCCAACCUCGUUCUCUGCAACCUUGAGAUGAUUUUUCACUCCUUAACAUGAUUCGUCUUGUUACGUUUGACGCAUUGCAUACCAUCAUACGCCCGCGUCUCCCCGUCUAUGUGCAGUAUUCGCAGACUUUCGCGCCGUACCUCGGCACGCUCGAUCCCGACAGGCUCAAGCAAUCCUUCAAAGCCGCGUUGAAGGAAUUGCAGACCUCGAAGCCUCUAUACGAAUCGGGGGCCGAGGGUUGGUGGGGCGAAGUCAUCAAGCGCACGGCCUUGGGUGCCGGUGCGAAUUCGAAGGCCGUCGACGCAUCACUGCCGGAGAUAGUGCCCCGUCUCAUGAAGCGUUUCAGCUCAAGCGAAGGGUAUGCCCUGUUCGCAGAUACGCUUUCCACGAUCCAGAACCUCCGUGAAGAGAAUAUAACUACGGGCGUCAUUACAAACGCGGACAUGCGCAUCGUAUCUGUGAUGGAAUCGCUGUCGCUCGGUCAUCUUCUUGAUCCAGUACUCGUCAGCGAGCAAGAGGGAGUCGAGAAACCUGCGAAGGACAUCUUCCUGCGAGCAUGCGCCAGAGCCGAGGUGAGGCCCCACGAAGCCCUACACGUCGGAGAUGAACUGGACGCAGACUUUCAUGGGGCGACGAAAGCUGGACUGCACGCGCUGUUGCUUCGGAGAUCGGGUCCUGAAGGUGAGGAAGCAAGGAAGGAGCCUGAAGAGGAUUUAGAGGGCGUCGUCGUCGUCGAAAGCCUGUACGAGGUGGUUCAGUGGGUCAAACAGCACGGAGGCGCGCAGCCUCCUCCCCUAUAGAUAUUAUGCAAGUUUGUUAUAUAGAACAUCUGGCCUUGCAUCGCCCAGCUACCUCACAAUCCGAAUGUCUCAGCAACUGCCGACGUGGGCGGCUGUUCUGUAUCCGUCAACGUCUGUUCGAUCCACGUCCGUUCGCGCGGGCCGACGACGUCCUCGAGCCUGUCGCCGAGCUUGAUCAUCGAGUGUCGGAUCACACGCGGGUCUCGCUUCAUGAUGUUCUUCAGGGAGUGUAGCGUGCGGGGAGAGGCGUCAAAAUGGAGCGACCAGUAGUCUCCGUGCUCAUGCCAUCGUUGGUGAGCCCGCAUCCUUUGCGGGAGCGUCUUCGUACCCCAGUAGUCGAUGUUCCGCACCACCCCUGCGUUGUUCAUGACAUGCAUAGAAGCUUGCCGCACGAGCUCUUUGAUAUGUUUAUAUUCUCGGAAGUGCGCUGUGAUGCAUAUCAUCUCGUACAACGGCAUCUUGUCGUAUGCUCUUCGGGUUCGCGGGUGUUAUAAAGAGAAAGAAAAC